AUGUCCGGGGCUCCUGACGAUGGGCAGUACGUGCCCGCCAUGAAGCUGAUGUGGGAUGAGGUGGACAGACGUUUUGACCCCAAGUAUGUCCUUGGAGAAGCCGGCCACCAGUUUUGCCAAAGCUAUUCUGUCAGAGCUGCGCAUCCUGAAUUUCCUUACGCUUUGCAUUGUCUUUCUUUGAUGUGUGCUUUGGCGAAUGGCGCGCGGGUCGCCAUCUUUGCCACAGCACCGUCGCCUCUGACUUUGGUAGCGGUCAAUGUCAACUAUGCCCAGACCAGAAAGUCUUCCAUGACUGGACACGCAGAGGCUUUGGGGCAAGAGUUGGACACAGUCAUCUUGGAGAAUGCGAUGUCCAAGCUGCAGCAGGAAAGCUUUGAGGAGGGAGCGGCUCAAGUCCUGAGGUAUUUGAAGCCAAGAAUCGCUUCUGCGACUGUUGCCAGCGCCACACCGGAAGAAUGGUUUCACCGUUGCUCUGCUGACUGGAACCAAGUCCGCAACGCAGACAAGCUGCCAGGAGAUUGGUCUGGGCGUUGCUGGUACGGCUUGCUAGGCAACUUUGAUGAAGCCUACGACUUCUUGCUGAGCCUUGGCCUGUUGUCCGACUCAAAUGCAACAACGAGAGAGAAAUCAAAAAGCAAAGUCAACCCGUACCAGAGCGCGUUCAACAAGCUCUUGCAAUUUGGGUCUAGUGCUCGUGCCACCAAGACGGCAGGGAGCUACGGUGAGAACCCUGGUAAAACCAUAAGCUUGGGCAUCACUUGCAACAUGCACCCGGCCUUCUACAUCCCAAUGGAGCAGGGCGAGCUUGGAAGCCACGCAGCCUCCACCAAGGAAAGGUUCCUCAUCUCCACUGGCCGCCCUGUUCAACCACAUGAGGACAUCCCCGCAGACUUUUGCUUGCCGGAAGGAGUCUCGCCAUACAGGUGGGUCCCCCUCACUCCUGAGAUUGCAGACCUCAUUGGGGUUGCUAAAGAAGCAACAUCGCCAGACGCAGCUGCCCAAGAAUGGGCAGAAGCUGGGCUUGAAGACGAAGCCGCGGCCCAACUCACCCAGAAUGCUGCCGGUGAGUAUGUGCCGUCGGAAGACGGCUACCUUGUCAGGCUCUUAGAUGACAAGCUGACCCGCAUCCGCUUCAGGCGAUCAGAGGCAGCCCCAAACGGCUUUGAAGCAGAGUGGAGGGUAGCGAACCGAAACUUUGCAAUCCCGGAGGUGUGCCGUUUGAGAAAUUGCAUUGCUAGGGUGGCCACCUAUUUCGCAGCGCCACACCAAGUUAUCACUUUGACUUCGGAGGCUGAGUCAUGGCAUCUGUCUUACCAGGGAGCAAUGAAUGUCCAAAGCCACGUGGUUCGUGAUACUGGAGACAUCCAAGCUGGGGCUCGCUUCGGGGCGGCGCCUUGGCAAGUAGGGGUUUUAGCUGCUUUGCUCCUGGUCUUCGAAAUCUUUGUCGGCGCCCACUCCCCUGCAGCGCUGGAGGGGCGAGCUUUGCAGGUUACACCCGGGCACUUGCAGCGGGCGUACGCCUUGCUUCAAUUGGUGCAGCGUCUGAAGCACAUUGCCCUUGGAGAUGCAGCAGCCAGCCCAGACCUACCGCCGCCGCAGGAAGACGUCCGUGCGGAUGAUUUGGGUAUUCCAGAGGUGGGCGAUGACGAAGAAGGUGACGAGGCUGCAGAGGAGUCGCCGGAGGAACAUGUGCCAGAACUGCCAGCACCAGUGGGCAAUCCAGGACUGCCGGAGCCAGAACCUUGCGCAGCCGUGAAACCUUUGACCCUGCAGGAUGUUCGAGCCAGUGAUUUUGGGUUUGGAGACAAUGGUGUCACUGUCCAGCCUGACGGCUUGCAUAGCCGGAAUUUCACCGAUAGAACUGUUUUGAAGCAGACCCUUCUUGCGGGCAAACCGAAGAUCACUAGGAAAGAGGAUUGUGACAAGAUGCGCUCUGAACGAGGGCAAGGACGCAAAGCGCUUCCCAAAGAAAAAUGGGUUGCUGUCAUGAGGGCUGCAGCUUCCCAAUUUCCCGACUUGCUCCGCCUUGACGGAGAGAUUUUGUGUUUGAAAAUGAUUCCCGACACUGCAGCAGGCAAGGUCGCGUACGCGUACCACAACGACCUCAUGAGAGCUUGCCGUCUAAGCCUGCGGGAGUUGAUUGCUGCUAUGGACAAAGCAGCUGAGAAGAAGGAAGAGCGCCGUGCAAAGCGAGCCAGGGUGGAUGACUGA